GCUAUCCACCGUCCGAUGCCAUCCAACGCCCACUCGCCCGCCUCCCGCGUAUAUAACCCUGAGCCCACCUCCUGCGUCGGCGAAGCGGGUCGGAUCUCCUACACCAUCAUCCUCUGCUCUAGUGUCGCCGUCAUCAACUCGCCCUGCGCCGCCGCCGCCGGGACUAGCGAACAAGAUCAUCUUUUUUUACCUAGGUCAAAGAAGAUGGCUGAAGUUGAGACCUUUCUCUUCACAUCUGAGUCUGUCAAUGAGGGACACCCUGACAAGCUCUGUGACCAGAUAUCUGAUGCGGUGCUAGAUGCAUGCCUGGCUGAAGACCCUGACAGCAAGGUUGCUUGCGAGACAUGCACCAAGACCAACAUGGUCAUGGUCUUUGGUGAGAUCACCACCAAGGCCAAUGUUGACUAUGAGAAGAUUGUCAGGGAUACUUGCCGUGGCAUUGGUUUUGUGUCCGAUGAUGUCGGCCUUGAUGCUGAUCACUGCAAGGUGCUUGUCAACAUUGAGCAGCAGUCCCCUGACAUAGCACAGGGUGUCCAUGGCCACUUCACCAAGCGCCCUGAGGAGAUUGGUGCUGGUGACCAAGGACAUAUGUUUGGAUAUGCAACUGACGAGACUCCCGAGUUGAUGCCCUUCAGCCAUGUUCUUGCUACAAAGCUUGGUGCUCGUCUCACUGAGGUCCGCAAGAAUGGAACCUGCGCAUGGCUGAGGCCUGAUGGUAAGACCCAGGUAACUGUGGAGUAUCACAAUGACAAUGGUGCCAUGGUGCCUAUACGUGUCCACACCGUGCUCAUCUCUACCCAGCAUGAUGAGACUGUCACCAACGAUGAGAUUGCUGCUGAUCUAAAGGAGCAUGUGAUCAAACCCGUCAUCCCAGAGCAGUACCUUGACGAGAAGACCAUUUUCCAUCUCAACCCAUCUGGUCGCUUUGUCAUCGGUGGACCUCACGGCGAUGCUGGUCUCACCGGCAGGAAGAUCAUUAUUGACACUUAUGGUGGCUGGGGAGCUCAUGGCGGAGGUGCUUUCUCCGGCAAGGAUCCAACGAAGGUUGACCGCAGUGGAGCAUACAUUGCAAGGCAGGCAGCAAAGAGCAUUGUCUCUAAUGGCCUUGCCCGUCGCUGCAUCGUCCAAGUUUCUUAUGCCAUAGGUGUACCUGAACCACUCUCGGUGUUUGUUGACACAUACGGCACAGGCAAGAUCCCUGACAAUGAGAUCCUCAACAUUGUCAAGGAGAACUUUGAUUUCAGGCCGGGCAUGAUCAUCAUCAACCUCGACCUGAAGAGGGGCGGGAAUGGGCGGUACCUCAAGACGGCGGCGUACGGGCACUUUGGAAGGGAUGGCCCGGACUUCACCUGGGAGGUGGUGAAGCCUCUCAAGUGGGAGAGCCCUUCUGCCUGAGCAAAGACUGACAGCUCCAUCUUGGAACAUUUUCCUAUCACAUUGUCUCAGAACAUCUUAAUGUUACCCAUCACAGCAUGUAAUCUCAGGUCAUGACUAUAGUAUCUGCAAGUGUCUGGAAGGUUCUAUUCCUGUCGUCUGUGUGUUACAGGAGCUUCUAGUAUCUUGUGUGGAGGUUCUAUUCCUAUUGCAUGUGUCUGGAAGGUUCUAUUCCUAUUGCAUAGUA